AUGGCUUCUAUUCUAAAAUUGCAAGUCAUUACCGGUGCAUAUAAUGAAGGAGCUUUGGCUUAUCUUUUACAAACAGACGAUUUUCGAUUUUUACUUGAUUGUGGUUGGGAUGAAAAUUUUUCACCUGAAAUUAUCGAAGAAUAUAAACGUCAUAUUAAAUCAAUUGAUGCUGUAUUAAUUACUUAUCCAGAUAUAUAUCAUCUUGGUGCUUUACCUUAUCUUGUUGGACAUUGUGGAUUAAAAUGUCCUGUUUAUGCAACAAUACCAGUCUAUAAAAUGGGACAAAUGUUUAUGUAUGAUUUACAUCAAAGUCGUUCGAAUAGUGAAGAUUUUACAUUAUUUACACUUGAUCAUGUUGAUGCAGCAUUUGAUCUUUUUGUUCAACUUAAAUAUGAUCAAUCAAUACCACUUGAAGGCAAUGGACAAGGUUUAACAAUAACUCCAUUACCAGCUGGACAUAUGAUUGGUGGAGCUAUAUGGAAAAUUUCUAAAGAAGGUGAAGAAGAAAUUGUUUAUGCAGUUGAUUAUAAUCAUAAAAAGGAACGACAUUUAAAUAGUUCAAAUUUAACAAAAAUUAGUCGACCAACAUUAUUAAUAACCGAUGCAUUGAAUACAAAAUAUUCUCAAGGACAACGAAAAACAAAAGAUGCACAAUUAUUAACAACUAUUUUGGAAACAAUGCGACGUGAUGGAAAUGUUUUAAUUUGUGUUGAUACAGCUGGUCGUGUUCUUGAAUUAGCUCUUCUUUUAGAACAAUUAUGGCGGAAUGAACAAUCUGGUUUAUUUGCAUAUUCAUUAGCUUUAUUAAAUAAUUUUAGUUUUCAAGUUAUAGAAUUUGCUCGUUCACAAGUUGAAUGGAUGUCAGAUAAAAUAGUUCGACAAUUUGAAGAAAAUCGUGCUAAUCCAUUUCAUUUACGUUAUGUUAGAUUAUGUCAUGAUCUUAAUGAAUUAGAAAAAGUUCGUGCACCAAAGGUAUACAGAUUAUUUUGU